CACUCACAGAUGGACUCUGGAACAAAAAUGUCAUCUGUUAUCAAAAUUUUAUCAAAAACACCUGAAAUAUGAAUGAUAACACGUGUUUAUUAAUAAGAUUACGAACCAUAUCCUCUAAAUAGGAUUAGUGCAGCAAGUCAGUGGUUGUAACUAGGAUCAAAAUCAGGAAGUUACAAUAUUAAUUCCAUAAUUCCGGCUAAAAGGUGUCGGGGUCCAGCAAGAUGGCGUGCUGAGGUCGUCUUGUUUACAAUCAUUCCAUUAUAAAAACAGUAAAGUAAAAUGGCAAGAUACUUUGAAAAUACUAGUACAUUUAACUUCAGUUGGGAUCAGGUGGCAUCUGGCUAUUGGAAAAGAUACCCUAAUCCACAGAGCACCCAUGUUCUGUCAGAAGACACAUACUGCAGGCAGGUCAAAGAUGGCUGUCUGUACACCAAGAGGCUGCUCACUAAGACGAACAGGGUGCCCAAGUGGGGGGAGAGGUUCUACAGCGCGAAGUCUGUCAAAAUCAUCGAAGAGAGUAUCGUGGACCCAGAGAAGAAGGUCCUCGUCACAUACACUAGAAAUCUAGGGUACACUAAAGUUAUGAGCGUAAUAGAGCGCGUGGAGUACCGCAGCGCGGGCGCCGGCUCCACGGUGGCGAAGCGCUCCGCGUGGAUCGACUCGCAGGUGUUUGGCUUUUCGCGCGCCAUUCGCGCGUUCGGCGUAGAUAGAUUCCGCAAAAACUGCUCGCAAAUGUACAACGGUUUCAACGGCGUCCUCCACAGCCUGUUCCCCACGCAGCAGCAGCAGCACACGCCGACGCCGCUGUCGCCGCUGCAGUCGCUGCACAACAUGCGCGACGCCGCCGCCGCCGCCACCGACCGCGCCAAGCGGAACGUGCUCUCCUCCGUCAACCGCACUUAACAGGAUGACUUGAAGACAGGCAGAGACAGUUAAGUGCUAGUGAGGAAUAGACUUUAUGUCGACGCGUUAAGGAUCAAAUUAGUAUUGGGAUCGCUGCCGUGCCCUGGAUAUAUGGGAAGUGUAGUUUGAAAGUAUCUUUAAGAGUUUUAAUGAUAUAGUGAAUUGUAAGAUAAAGACAGGACGCUGAGCACUGACAGCUAUUCCUAUCUCUAUCGCACGCGCGUAAUUAGAUUGCUGCCCAUGAUGCCGGCGGUCAAUGCACUGUGCGAGCGGUACAGCAAUAUUAAUUAUACGCGUGCGAUAGAGAUAAGAACAGGCGGGUCAACGUAACGAAAUUGCUCGUGAUAAGCGUCCUUUCUUUAGACAGCUAUGAGCAGCUUAGUAGAAAUUGAGGAGUAACUAGUACUUGUUAUAAUAAUAGAUUGUUGUGCAAGGAAAGCAUAUAAAAUUGCCAAUUAAAGUAAAUUUUGGUCUCAUUCUGCUUGGAUUUGAUAUUACUAUCAAUUAUAAUAACAGAUAAAAAGUGUCUUUUGGUAGUUUUGGUUUUAGUAGAGUCGAGUUACCUAUAGUUGGUCAAACCAAAUUGUCAGUAAAUAAGAACAAAAAAAAACUAUACUCAUCCUUUUCUUUUGAGUAAGACUAGUAGAAGAGUACUAGUGUAAGACAAAGAUGAUUCUCUCUGGCUAUGUUUGAAAUGAGACAGUCCUUUGACAAACUAUAUACAUUUUUUCACCAUCUUGCAGUUUAUUAAGGUUAAGAGAUGUAUACAUAUUUAUGAACUCGACUGUACAGUCAUUUGCAAAAUAAACACAAUUUGUUUUUAUACGACACUGUUGGCAAAUAAGCAUAAGGCCCGCCUGAUGCAAAGUAGCCAAUGGAUGCCUGCAAUGCUGCAAUGCAACUACAUUAAAUGGGCGAAUCAACUUUUAGACCACUUAAUGAGCAGAAAAAUGUUUUCUCCUAUACAAAAAUCAGGGACACACCAUUUUUGUAUUUUUCUGCUGCGUUACCGUGCAAAAUAUAACUUUUAUCCAAUCAAGUUGUUAAUUUUAAUGUGUUAAUUAAAUACUUAUGGAUCUAAUAAUGUCCGUGUAAACAAAAAAGUAAAAAACCAACAUGGUUUUUGAAAUAUCGAUUUUUCUUUGCUAAAGAGUUUAAAACACGAAAUCAGUGUUCUAAAAGUUGAUUUACCCAAAUAACAAAAUUUAGCAGACACUUUUCUUCUAUCAAAAUUGAUAGUAUUGUGAAAAACAUACUCAAAUUUAAAAAAAAAAAUGUUAGUACAUUUUACAAUUGCCUAAGACUCUCUAUUUGUGUGAAUAUAUUCCCAAAAUAUUAGAAUGUAAAUAAAUUUAGAAACUUCAAUAAAAUUUUCAAACGCACCGAUGUGAAACCUAACAAUAUUGUGAAUUUUUCAAACAUAGGUACUGUAGGUAUUCGUAACUGUCCUCUCUGGACAAAAAAUUUGGCUGUUUCAUACAUUUUGGCUGGUCCAUUUUCUAUGGGAGGGUAAAAAAUUUUUUCGCGAUUUCGGUUUUGGUCCCAUAGUAAAAGUUGCUCAGUAUAAUUCGAAAACCUCCCUGGCAACGGGAAUGCACUUAUUUUUUAGCCACCGUGUAUAAUAAUGUCAAUACCCAGAGAGGACAGUUAACGAAUACCCUGUUUUAGGUAGCGAAAAAAGCCAUAUUUUUGUAUUAGCUUCUAAAUGUAAUAAUAGGUGUAACAAAAAUAGUGGGUAUCGUGUUCUGAUCAGGAAAAAGUAGAAGAAAAAAAUAUUUGACGCGUUUUUUUUUUAUCUUUUGUAUGGAAGAUUUAGACGACCUGGGCCCGUUUUUCAAAAGCUUGUAACUUGUAAUACAAGCGGAUGUCACUUUUUGACAGAUUUUGUUAGAAAGGGACUUCCACUUGUAUUAGAGACCCUUUACACCUCUCCUAGAGACUUUUACAUCUCUAAACAAUUUUAGUAUUUGUCUGUUGUUUGUAUAUUAUUUUUUUUGUGUAAUUCGACAUUUAGACUGGAUACAUCGCUAACAAAUUAUCUAAUAUUUCAUUGAUUCCAUAUUUGUGUUUGUUUUUUGGUAUUUUUGGUUAAUUUUUUUGCUUGUAAAAAUUGACAUGUAAAAGUGCCCCUGUGGCCCAUUUGCUGAAUAAAUGUUUGAUGAUGAUGUUUGAUGUUGAUGUUGAUGUAUUACAAGCUUUUGAGAAACGGGCUCCUGCUUCAUAAAAAAAAAAUUGCCAAAAUUUUUUUUUUACUUUUUCCUAAUCAGAACACGAUAUCGAAUAUGCCCUUAAACUGAUCCCCACUAUUUUUGUUACACUUGUAUAUAUGUACAUCGAAUUGUCUAAUAAUAUUUUCUGUUAGUAUUCAGAGAGGAAAAUGGGAACUACGUUUGUAUGGAGCGUUCGUCUACUUCCCUCUAUUUGUAUUUGAUAAUAUAAUAUGUAAAGUACCAAGCCUAUGUAAAAUUAGACGCUAUUUAUUUACUCGUAUAUGAUGUAUCCUUAAUCCGCUUGUAUGUUCUUUUAUGUAUGUGCUUUUUAGAGUUCCGUACUAUUACUAAGACUCCGCUGUCCUUCUGUCUGUCACCAGGCUGUAUCUCAUCUCAUGAACCGUGAUAGCUAGACAGUUGAAAUUUUCACAGAUUAUGUAUUUCUGUUGCCGCUAUAACAACAAAUACUAAAAAGCACGGAACCCUCGGUGCGCGAGUCCGACUGGCACUUGGCCGGUUUUUUAUUUUUAUUUCACUGCCAUAAAAAUGACAUGUGCAUAUACUUCAAGACUAAAUACUAUUUAGGAGGGUAGCUGCCCCUUACCCCAAUGCCUCCUCCUGGCGACGCUCUUGCUCUCUCUCUCUCUCUCGUAUAAAAUGUGACAUUCUCGAUCAAAAGGUACCACAUUGCCGGUUGCCAUAAGGACGCUCUGAUAGGUCAUUAGUAUAAAGAUACGAGCAAAAUUCAUCCUUAAGGUAAGCGACAAUGUGGUACCUUUUGCUUGAGAACGUCACAAAUAAGGACGCUAUCGCACGCGCAUAAUUAUAUUGCUGUCCUAGUCACUGCCACUGUGCGAGCGAGAAGGCAAUAAGCAUAGUGUUUUAAUAAAGUCCAUUGCAUUCAGCUGGUUUGUACUUACGAAACCGCAUUUUAAUCUGAAUUAUGUACGCUUAUAGCGUUUUUAGGGUUCCGUACCCAAAGGGUAAAAACGGGACCCCAUUACUAAGACUCCUCUGUCCAUCUGUCUGUCCGUCGGUCACCAGGCUGAAAUUUUCACAGAUGAUGUAAAUACUAAAACAGAAUAAAAUAAAUAUUUAAGUGGGGCUCCCAUACAUAAAACGUAAUUUUUUCUAAGACCCGUCUUUAUGAAGUAAUGUUACAAAUUGAAAUCUUACUCAUCUUUGCAUAAAUAUAUAAAAUACAAGAAUCAACAACCAUGAAAAAAUCUAGUCCGGAAAUAUACCAAUAUCUGUAUUUAAAAAGGCAAAGUGUUAUAUAUUCCGUUUCAAAAGCUAGUUGGACUAAGCAGAUCCGAAUAUAUUUAAGUUAUACUUACUUCGUUGGCUCAGCGACCCAAAGUGGAUCUUGGCCUCCGAUACUAGGUUUCGCCAUUCGUUCCUAUCCUGUGCGAUCCGACGCCAUUCAGCCGCCUGGAUGUCACAUAGGUCCUUCUGGACCUCAUCGAUCCACCGGUACCAAAGAUAGAUAUAACUCCGUAAUAGAUGGAUACAGUCUAAGGAAAAAACGUGCCUCGAAAAUCAAGAAAAUUUGAUUCUCGUUCAGAGGGCGCUACUAGUUUUGGCCUACAGUCGUAUAGAUGGCGUUGACGGUUUCGUUUGUUAUUUAACAAUUUUAACGCAUAUCAGUGAAAGAACAUGGGUCAAAAUCAUAAAAAUAAUUAAUGCAAGUAAAAAAAUCAUUUAUCUAUAUUUAAAUACAUUCUAUCGUAAUUUUAUAAAUCUUCAUUUUUAGUUUUAAAGUGUGUCGACAGAUGGCAGUGAAUUUGCUGGGGUUACAAAAUUUACUAUGACAGUACCGCUCUAGUAUAAGUUACUCUAUGCCGGUACCUAGGCCUUCCGACCGGACGUCUCCCAGUUAGUCGCCCCAGAUAAGCUCUCUUGGCCGCACGAUCCUCUCCCAUCCUCUCCAUGUGGCCGAGCCAGCGAAGCCGAGCAGCCUUGCUCUCGCCGAUGAUGUUGGGUUACGAGAACGAUAUUUAAGUUAUGUCCACAUUAUUUAAAAAAAUAUCGCUCCUUGAAAACGAUAGUGGUGUUUUACAAAAUAACUGGUUCCUCAAAAUUAAACUUGUGAUAAAUCGAACAACGUGACUAAUUUGAAUGGUUCUUUAUUUUGUAUAGUGCCACUGGUUUUCAAAGAACGAUUAUGUGGUGUCAAAGCUUGCAGGUACCUACAACCCAGGUAGCAGUGACGUCAGCGACGUCAUAAUGACGUCUGGCGUCAUAAUGACGUCUUUGGCGUCAUAAUGACGUCGUUGGCGUCAUAACGACGUCUUUGGCGUCAUAAUGACGUCUUUGGCGUCAUAAUGACCUAUAAAUGCUACCUGGUAAGCUUUGAGACCACAUAAUCAAUAAGAGUACAUUCAAUAAGUUUAUAAGGGUGUAUUCCCAUUUGUCCCCGCACCACUUGAGCGCUGCCAUACAUGAGGCGAAGGGACAAAUGGGAACGAUUUAUAGGAACCUAUUCCCAUAAGUGCCUGGCGGGGAUAAAUGGGAGUACACCCCAAAAAGCACUUCAAGACGCUAUGUAUAAAUUGUUCUAGUUUUAACGAAUAAUCCUCUAGCUGAUACGGAUUAUACUGACAGCCGCACUAUACAGGUUGGCUAAAAAAUAAGUGCAUUCCCGUUGCCAGGGAGGUUUUGGGUUCAUACUGAGCAACUUUUACUAUGGGACCAACCACGAAAUCACCACCAGCACCAGCCAAAAUUUUUUUCGCCUUUUCGUGGUUGGUCCCAUAGUAAAAGUUGCUCAGUAUAAUGCCAAAACCUCCCUGGCAACGGGAAUGUACUUUUUUUUUAGCCACCAUGUAUAAUGCCGACACUGACAUCGAUAUCAUUUCAUUUAGUUAUUACAAUAGAACAAAUUAAUAUCAUUUAGAUAUCAUUGUGAUGUCAAAGUAUCGUUCUUAUUGGCCUGCAAUACUAUCUCUAAAAAUCCAACAAAUAAUAAUAGCACAUCAAAGAAAAACUUUAAUUACUUAUUUUGUAUACUUAAUCGAUGCUAGGGCACAGAAUAAGUAAUAGUAUUAUCAUACAGAACGGCCACGCAUCGCCCCGCCCCGACUCGAAUUACCUCGCCCCGCGACACCAGAUUGACGGCCGUUUGCCGGCCGCUCAGUACGCAACUUACUCACACUAUGACGCAUGUCGCGUGUACAGACGUGCCGUUCACACAUAGAAACGCAAGUGAUUUUUGAUGUAUAGCGUGUCCGCCCUGUGGCUAGGGUAUACCUAGUUCACAAUCGUACUAAUUACGGAGAAAAUUAUGUUGUAAUAUGGGACAAUCUUGAAAAUGUAAUGAUAGCAAGUUUUGGUUGUAAACUGACUUUAUGUAUAGUUAUAAAUAAUGUUUCCAAUAUUUUAGUUACUAGUGCUGUGCUUGUAAUAACUAGUUAUAAUUUACUCUUGGCAGUUAAUAUAGCUGUACCACAAUUA